GCACCAACGCCAAAAACCCUACAUCCUUCCUUGCGCGGAGAGUUGAUCGCAUUCCUUCCAUCGGUAAUGGCUAGACUUGUCGUCUUUGCCGCCGCUGCCUUCGUUCUCCUCGCCGCCUCGGUGUCGUUGUCGUCGGCGACUCUGUACACCGUCGGCGAAGGGAGGGGGUGGGCAGUGCCGCCCAAAGGCACAGAGUCGUACAACCAUUGGGCGAGGAGGUACCGCUUCCGACUCGGCGACGUCCUGGAGUUCAAGUACGUGAACGACUCGGUGGUGGUGGUGAACUACGACGGCUACAGGCAGUGCAGCACGCCGAACCCGGUGACCCGGUUCACCGGCGGCGACACCAAGCUCACGCUCGAUCGCUCGGGGCUCAACUACUUCAUCAGCGGCGUGCGGGAGCACUGCGAGGGCGGCCAGCGGAUGAGCCUGCGCGUCAAGUACGAAGGGACGCGGGCCGGCGCUCCUGGCUCGGCGCCGGCGCCGGGGCCAACGUCGGCGAUGCCGCGGUCUCGGAUCAACGCCGCGCCCAGCCCGGCCGUCACUGCCCCGGUCACUCCGAGGUCGCCGUCCACUUCGGGCCCGAUCACUAGCCCGGGCCCGAGUCCGGGGCCGGCCCAGGCGAACGGUGCAUCUGGCCGCGCGCUCACCGGUUUCUCAACCGCAGCAGCGGUUCUCGUCGUGUGUGUCGCCGCCGUGUUCAUCGUGGUUUGAGCUCUUCGAUCUCGUCGGUAGUAUCAUCGGUUUGAUAAUUGAUAGGGAUUUAAUGCUAGAAUUUUCAGGCCAACGAGUGUGUGUCGGUCCAUUUGUUAAUUAAUUAAUUAGGUGUUUUGGUAUUUUGCCCAGGGUACUCAAAACCCUGAUGUAACGCAUUUCCGCAAUAAAAUGGUGACCAAUUUACUUGGGAAUAUAAUGUCGACUUGUCCA